AAGCUGGACAUCUUUUCACGGCCGGAGAUGCUGGUUCCAUUACAUGGAGGACCUUGGGCCUGUCACCUCAUCCUGCCCAUGCUCACUGAGCCAGCGCCACGAACCAUGAGGCUGUCACUGCCACUGCUCCUGCUGCUACUGGGGGCCUGGGCUAUCCCAGGGGGCCUUGGGGACAGAGCUUCAGUCGCAGCCACUGCCCCACGGCUGGAUGAUGAGGAGAAGUACUCCGCUCACAUGCCUGCUCACCUUCGCUGUGAUGCCUGCAGGGCGGUGGCCUACCAGAUGUGGCAAUAUCUGGCAAAGGCAGAGGCCAAGCUCCACAGCUCCGGGGGGCAUUGGGAGCUGAGCGAGUCGGUUUAUACAGAUGUCCUGGACAAGAGCUGCUCCCAGAGCUGGCAGGACUACGGGGUUCGAGAAGUGAACCAGGUGAAACGUCUCACGGGCCCAGGACUUAGCCAUGGGCCAGAACCACACAUCAGCGUGAUGAUCACGGGGGGCCCCUGGCCCACCAGGCUCUCCAAGACAUGUCUGCACUACCUGGGGGAGUUUGGAGAAGACCAGAUCUAUGAAGCCCACCAACAAGGCCAAGAGGCUCUGAAGGCAUUGCUGUGUGGAAGCCCCCAGGGCGCCUGCUCAGAAGAGGCGCCAAUCACACGGGCAGAGCUCUAG